CUUUCCAUCUCACGGGGAGAGCAGCAAUUGAUUAAUAGCUCGGCGAGGGGACACACUGACUGUUAUAAUAACACUACACCACCAACUCCUGGCUUCCCAGCCGGAGCACGGGAGAGAGUCAGUGGCAAAUAGCCAUUUUUCUUUUUUCUUAAAAAUAUAGCAACUUGUUUGCUAGUUUUAUUUGUUGGAUUUUCUUUUUUUCUUCUUUUUUUUUUUUUUUUGGUGGUUGCUUUUAAGUGUGGAGGGCCAAAGGAGAUACCAACGUAGGCUCAGUCCAACCCCUCUCCAAAACGGCUUCUCUGACACUCCAGGUAGCGAGGGAGUUGGGUCUCCAGGUUGUGCGAAGAGCAAAUGAUGACCGCCAAGGCCGUAGACAAAAUCCCAGUAACUCUCAGUGGUUUUGUGCACCAGCUGUCUGACAACAUCUAUCCGGUGGAGGACCUCGCUGCCACGUCGGUGACCAUCUUUCCCAAUGCCGAACUGGGAGGCCCCUUUGACCAGAUGAACGGAGUCGCCGGAGAUGGCAUGAUCAACAUUGACAUGACUGGAGAGAAGAGGUCCUUGGAUCUUCCAUAUCCCAGCAGUUUUGCUCCCGUCUCUGCAUCCCGAAACCAGACCUUCACUUACAUGGGCAAGUUCUCCAUUGACCCCCAGUACGCUGGUGCCAGCUGCUACCCAGAAGGCAUCAUCAAUAUUGUGAGUGCAGGCAUCCUGCAGGGGGUCACUUCCCCAGCUUCGACCACAGCCUCGUCUAGCGUCACAUCUGCCUCUCCCAACCCACUGGCCACAGGACACCUGGGUGUGUGCACCAUGUCCCAGACCCAGCCUGACCUGGACCACCUUUAUUCUCCACCACCGCCACCUCCUUAUUCUGGCUGUGCAGGAGACCUCUACCAGGAUCCCUCAGCGUUCCUGUCAGCACCCACCACUUCCACCUCCUCCUCUUUGGCCUACCCACCACCUCCUUCCUACCCAUCCCCCAAGCCAACCACGGACCCAGGUCUCUUCCCCAUGAUCCCAGACUAUCCUGGAUUUUUCCCAUCACAGUGCCAGAGAGACCUACAUGGUACAGCUGGCCCAGACCGAAAGCCUUUUCCCUGCCCCUUGGACUCCCUGCGAGUCCCACCUCCACUUACUCCACUCUCUACCAUCCGCAACUUUACUUUGGGGGGCCCAAGUGCUGGGGCUACAGGGCCAGGGACCAGUGGAGGCAGCGAGGGACCCCGGCUGCCUGGCAGCAGCUCAGCAGCAGCAGCUGCUGCUGCUGCCUAUAACCCCCACCAUCUGCCGCUGCGGCCCAUUCUGAGGCCUCGCAAGUACCCAAACAGGCCUAGCAAGACGCCAGUGCAUGAGAGGCCCUACCCCUGCCCAGCAGAAGGCUGUGACCGGCGAUUUUCCCGCUCGGACGAGCUGACGCGGCAUAUCCGCAUCCACACCGGGCACAAGCCCUUCCAGUGUCGGAUUUGCAUGCGCAACUUCAGCCGCAGUGACCACCUCACUACUCACAUCCGCACCCACACUGGCGAGAAGCCCUUUGCCUGUGACUACUGCGGCCGCAAGUUUGCCAGGAGUGAUGAGAGGAAGCGCCACACCAAGAUCCACCUGAGACAGAAGGAGCGCAAAAGCAGUGUCCCCUCCUCAUCCGUGCCAGCGGCCUCUACGGCGUCCUGCACCGGGGGCACGCAGGCUGGAGUGCCCCUGUGCAGCAACGGCAGCACUAUUGGAGGCUCCCUGGCCACUUGCUCCUCUAGGACCAGGACACCUUGAGACGAGAGACUCAGACUGACACACCAGCUCCUUGAGGGCCCCUAGGCCCUUGGGCCACUGGAACUGCACAACAAACACUACCACCCUCUCUUGCCUUCCUUCAUUGGGCAAAGGGCUUUGGUGGAGCCCAGCACUGCCCCCCUUUCCACUUAGAAGCAGGUCCUUCCUAAACGUUAGCCUACCUUAGUCUCUCUUUGGUGAGUUGACUAUCAGUCACCCCCAAAUCAUGGGGAGGUUCUUGAAGGGGUUUGCUGGGGGUCCUUGGCCUAGAGGGCUGAGGGCUAACCCUGCUUUAAAGGGUGGUUUGACUAGGUUUUGUUCCCCUUUUCUAAUUUUGACCAAUUACAGAUUGUUGACUCUGAAUCUCAGAGUUGACCUGAGACGUUUUCUACAGCAGGUUGGGAGAUGCUGAUCCCUUCGGGUAGGGACAGCAAAGACAAGAAGCAAAACUGAUGUGCACUUUAUGGCUUGGGACUUUUCUGAGGGACACUGUACAGUGAGUAAAGCAUGGUCUUUGUGCUGCAUUCUGUGGCCCUAGGACAGUGAAUCAAAGCUUAUCUAGUCCUCUCAACCCUUUAGGCAAUAUGUAUUAUAAACUCAGAGAACAGAAGUGCAAUGUGAUAGGAGGGACAUAGCAAUAUCUGCUCCUUUUUGAGUUGAGAAAUGUAGACUAUUUUUGCAGUGUAUAUCCACUCAGAUUUUGUGUAUUUUUGAUGUGCACUGUUCUCCAAGUUCUGAACCUUUGGGAAGAAAAAAAAGCAUUUAUAACCUCUUGAAAUGAGUCAGAGGUUAACUUAUUUAAAAGGGGAUGUACAUAUAUUCUCUGAAACUAGGAUGCAUGCAAUUGUGUUGGAAGUGUCCUUGGUGCCUUGUGUGAUGUAGACAAUGUUACAGGGUCUGCAUGUAAAUGGGUUGCCUUACUAUGGAAAUGAAAGUCACUCCCUGGGCUUAGUAUGGCUGUAUAUAUCUGCCUAUUAAUAUUUGGAAUUUUUUUUAGAAAGUAUAUUUUUGUAUGCUCUGUUUUGUGACUUAAAAGUGUUACCUUUGUAGUCAAAUUGCAGAUAAGAAUGUAAAUAAUGUUACUGGAGCUGACUUGUUUGGUUAUUAGCUCUUAAUAGUUGUGGAAACAUAAUUGAUUUAGUCUAACAUAAAACCACUAACUGAAGUUCAGAUACUGGAUGCUUUAUGACUAUGGUGUAAAUAAAUCCUUUUCAACAAUACUUUUUUGCUCUAGAAAUCGUUUCUGAAAGAUUUUCUGGUGGGAAUUCAGUAGUUCACCUAGUGAUUUUUAAUGCUCUGACCAAGCUAGGAUAUCCAAGUCUUCUUUGCUACCCUUUCAACGGCAGCCCUCUCACCCCAAAGCAAUCUCCAUUCAUAAUCAAACGCUAGUGUUAUGGGGAUUUCCCCAAUGUAUUAGUGUAAAAAUAGGGAGGCGUUGUUUUGACUCAUUGUUCCGUCCUCCAUAAGAGCCUAUAGCUUCUCUCUGCGCCUGAGUGGGCUCUGGAAAAUAAAUACUUACAAACAAGUGCCCACUCGGAGACUACACAUUUGCAACUGCUUUCAGAACCCUGACCAGGGCCAGGAACUCAAGACGAAAUGUAGCUUUGUGGAAAGUGUGGUGGUGUGGUCAAGCUGGAAAUGACUUUCAGGUUCUUGGAUUAGUUUCAUGACCACACAAAACUUUUUGAAAAGAGCUAUCACCUCCUCAGAUCAAAAAUGCAUUCAGACAUAUGGGUGACAGCAUUAACGGGUUGCCAAAGGAAUUACCCGGGGCUCAUUUCUCUCCCCAAGUACUCGUAUAUUUGGAAGGAUCGUUAAUCUGCCAUAUGUUUGGUGGGUCUAGAGAUUACCGAAAUACUCAGCUCAUUAGAUAACAUAGGUGUACACCUUAAAAUCUCAAAGAAAAUUUGAAUUAAAUAGGCAGAUGUCCUCCAUGGUACUGGAUAAUGGUUAUUAGCAAAAGUACAUUAUAGGGUUCAUUUUACAGUGAGCCUUUUGUAGUAACUUUAAAAUACAAAGUCACCAAAAAAGUUGUCUAAUAUACAAAGCAAAUGAUUGUCUUUAUUAAGCCACCUUUGUCUAAAAUUGGGCCUAAAGACGUAGCCUCAUCCACUGCCUCCAGAUCCCCCCACAAGUAUUAACACUGGAGUGCCCACUCUUCAGCCCCAUUGUCCGCGAACUGUCCCGUGUCCUGGCUGACGAUUCAUGGCCUGCAUUUCAGCAGUACAGCUACUCCUGGGAACUACUUUUUGCCCUACCAGUACUAGGAUUUGAGAUCUAGUAUGUGGAGAUGAUUAAUCCUUUUAUUUCUUCUCUGCCCAAAUUUAAAGAUGUAGAAUACCUCUUUCUAUAACUGCUAAAUGGAAGUUUCUAACCUUCAGUGCCAGAUUGUUCUAAUGACUGGUGUUAUUUUGCUAAAUUCCUAUUUCCUAGCUUGUCAGCAUAUUAUCAUCCUUGUUUGGCCAAUCUUGUUUAAUAUGUAUAAAACAAUGCCGUUUUGACAAUUGUUUUAAUGAAGUCUUCCCUCCUACCAAAAUUUCAUUAUAUUAAAAUACAGCACACCUAUAGUUUAUAAGAGCUGUAAUUUUCUUGACAAAUUUUAAUUUCAGAGCAGCUUCAGUCAAAAUGUAAACACUGUUUACAAAGCAAAAGACUAGAAAAAGAUUAAGUACAU